AUGCCGUGCCGCCCUCUCACGCACGGGGCCCCGCUGCCCCCCCGGUGCGCCGCGCAGGCGCACGGGCGGCCCCGCUGGCCCCCGCGGCGGCCCGCCAGCUCGCGGGCGCUCGUCCGCGCGGCGCCCGAUGGCGACGACGCGGCAGCGCGCGUCGCGGACCCGGCGCCCGCCGACGACGCCAGCGCGGGCACUCCCCCCCCUGACAUCGACUCGGACGAAUUCUUCGGCGAGAAGGGCGCGCGCGAGAAGGAGAAGAAGCCCGAGUACCUCGACCUCGGCGAUCCCGUCGGGCUCGUGCGCGCCGCCGCGCUCCCGGCAGCCCCCGAGGUUGAGGCCGUGAUCUCCGCGGGCACCGAGGGCCUCGACGCCGACCGCGUGCUGGGGAUGUUUCCGUUCCAGCUGGACGACUUUCAGAUCGCGUCGCUGCAGGCGCUCCUCGAGGGCAAGUCCGUCGUGGUCUGCGCGCCCACGGGCGCCGGCAAGACUGCGAUUGCGGAAUCGGCCGCGGCGGCGUUUCUGGCCCGCGGGAAGCGCGUGGUGUACACGACGCCGCUCAAGGCGCUGUCGAACCAGAAGCUGUACGAGCUGCGGCAGCGGUUCGGGUCGGCGCGGCUGGGUCUGCAGACCGGCGACGCGUCCCUGAACACCGACGCGGACAUCACCGUGAUGACCACGGAGAUCCUGCGCAACAUCAUGUACCGCGUGCAGCACGGCGGGGACGCUGCGGAAGCCGCGGACGGCGCGGGCGAUGCGGGCGGAGAGAGCGCAGAAGAAGACCCCCCCCCCGACAGACUGGACGUCCUGACUGAGGACGAGGACGCGAUGGACGCGGCGGUGGUGGCGCCCGGGUCGCCCGAGGGCGGCGGCGGGAGCACGCGGCUGCACGACGUCGGGCUCGUGGUGCUCGACGAGGUGCACUAUCUGUCGGACCCGCACCGCGGGGGCACGUGGGAGGAGGUGGUCAUCAACUGCCCCCCCGGGGUGUCGAUCCUGGCGCUGUCCGCGACGGUCGAGAACCCCGAGGACCUCGCCGGGUGGAUCCGGCAGGUCCACGGCCCCUGCGACACCGUCAUCACUAAGCUCAGGCCGGUCCCGCUGAUGUGGCACUUCUGCCUCGACCCCACCGGUGCGGGCGAGGACAACGCGGAGCUCUUCCCGCUGCUGAACCCGUCGGGCCGGCAGCUCGCGUGGGACCUCCAGGUGGCGCUCGGGAUGGCCGAGGACGUGGAGCUGGAGGCGAAGAAGGGGCGGCGGGGGCGCGACGGGAGCUGGGAGGACUGGGCCGACCCUGGGGAGUGGAAGCAGGCCGCGAGGAAGAAGUUCGGAGCCAGGGACCGCAUGCGGACGAUGAUUCCGUCGAUGCCGGGGGCGCUCGAGGCGCUGCGGCGCGAGGACAUGCUCCCCGCGAUCUGGUUCAUUUUCAGCCGCCGCGGGUGCGACCAGGCCGUGGAGCGUGCCGGGCGGGCGUGCAAGGCCUUCACCACGCCCGAGGAGCGCGAGCAAAUCGCCGCGGAGCUCGAGGCCCUGCGCGCCGAGCAGCCCGAGGCCGUGCGCGAGGCCCUCGAGGACGCCCUCCUCGCGGGCAUUGCGUCCCACCACGCCGGGUGUCUGCCUGCUUGGAAAUCCCUGGUGGAGUCUCUCUUCCAACAGGGGCUCCUGAAGGUCGUGUUCGCGACGGACACGCUCGCGGCGGGCAUCAACAUGCCCGCGCGGACGACCGUGAUCGACGCGCUGUCGCGGCGGCGCGGCGAGGGCCACGUGACGCUGACGCACAACGAGCUCCUGCAGAUGGCCGGGCGGGCCGGGCGGCGCGGGUUCGACACGCUCGGGCACUGCGUGAUCCUGCAGGGGCGCUUCGAGGGCGCGGAGGACGCGGCCGACAUCAUCAUCCGCGGGCCGGAGCCGCUGCAGAGUCGCUUCGCCGCCGGAUACGGCAUGGUGCUCAACGUGCUGGCGACGCGGACGCUCGAGGAGGCAAAGGCGUUCGUGGAGCGGUCCUUCGGGGCGUACAUGGGCGGGGACGCUAUCCGGGAGCGGCUCGCGGAGAUCGAGGGGAUGGAGGAGCGCGCGGCGGCGAUGAUUGAGGAGGUGGAGGGCAAGCACGGGGAGCGGGCGGGAGCGCAGGACGCGGCGGCGGCGGCGGCGGAGCUGCGGAAGUCGAAGGUGCGGCUGCGCGAGGAGCGGGCGACGCUGCGGAACCUGCGGCGUCAGGCCGCGGAGGACCGCGGAGAGAGGAUUGCUGCGCUGUUGACGAGCGGGCAGGAGGGGCAGCUGCCGCGGGCGGCGGCGAUCAAUUUGUCGGCGCUGGAGGGCAACGGGAUGGACAUCUUGGACGACGACGCGCCGCUGCUGCGCGCGGUGGUUGUGGGCGUCGCGGGCCCGGAGCUCGCAAUUGUGCCGCCGGCGGACACGGGGGCCGGGCAGCAGGCGGCGCUGGCGCGCGCGAUGAUGGCUGCGGAUGCGGCGAGCCGCGCGGGCCGCGGGCUGGCGAGCGAGGACUCGGACGACGACGACGAGGACGACAGCGAGGGCAGCUACGACGACGACGACGACGACGAUGACGACGACUUUGAGGACGCGUCCGAGGACGAGGCGGUGUCGUGGCUGCGGUGGCCGCGGCGCCUCGUGUGCGUGGCUGCGGACGGGUUCUGCUACAUCGUGAACCCGGACUCCGUGGUGGGCCUCGGCCCGGUGCUGCCGCCGGGGGACGUACUGGACGCAGCGCGCGAGGCCGCGCUGGCGCUCCCGCAGGCGGAGUGGCGGUCGAUUGGCGGGCCGCUCUCCGGCGCGGGGUACGCGGAGGCGCCUGGCGCCGUGAAUGACGCGGAGGCGGCGAUUCGCGCCGCGACGACAGGGCAGAUCGAUUACGUGGCGAUCGACGAAGACAUGGAGAUGGCAGUGCGCUUCCAGGGCCGCAUCGUCGACGAGAUCCGCGAGCGCGUCCGGUCGGCGCGGGCAGCCAAGUCGAAGAACACCCUCCCGCGGAAGGCAACAAAGAAGCUCGCUCGCGCCGGGAAGCUCAUGCGCCGCGCCGAGCGCCUGCGCAAGCAGCUGGAGGCCCGUACGGCGCACGGCUGGCGUGCGUUCGAGGACGUGGUGGGGGUGUUGCAGGACGCGGGGGCCCUGGAAGCGGAAGAGUCCCCCGGGGGACAUUUGGCGGCGCGGCCGCUCGGGGACGUGGCGCGCCAGGUGCGCUGCGAGAACGAGCUGUGGAUGGCGAUGGCGCUCACGCACCCCGCCACGCAGCUGCUGUCUCCGCGGGCCUUCGCCGGGCUGGUGGGUGCGCUGGUGACACCGGGCGUGGUGGGCUCGCGGCCGGGGGUGUCGUGCGGGUACCGGCCGAGCCGGACGGUGCUCGACGCGAUCGAGUCGAUGGUGGACGCGGCGGACAAGCUGGACGAGCUCCAGGCCGCCCGGCGAAACCUGGACUCCCCCGUCGACAUCGACGUCAGGCUGUCGGGGCUGUGCGAGGCCUGGGCGGGCGGCGUGUCGUGGGACCAGCUGACGGAGGACACCGCACUGGACGACGGCGACGUUGCGCGGCUGCUGUCGCGCGUGUGCGACCUGUUGCGGCAGGUGGUGCGCUGCGACGCACUCACGGACGAGCUGCGCGGCACGGCGCGCGCGGCCCUGCGCGCGAUGGUGCGUCAGCCCAUCUCUGAGCUGUGA